AUGAGUCAACCAAACAGUACAAGUGGUGGCGGUAAUACAGGUAACAAUACACCUGGCGGUGGAGGAGGUGGACAGAUCAAUGGUGUUGGUAUGAAUACAGGUUCGCCACAUCAUCCGAUGAUCUCACCUAUAGUCAACAGUAAAUCAAACUUCCAGCCCAAGUCACAGAUGUCUCCAAUGUCUGUACAACAACAUCAUCAUCUGCUACAGCAACAACAACAACAACAGCAUAUAGAUCCAUCAUCAAUCAUUAGUCCAAUGCAGAAUAUAAGUAUCAAUAGACAUUAUCAGCCACAGCAGCAGCAGCAACAGCAACAGCAACAACAGCAGCAACAGCAACUUCACCAACCAUGGAUUGAGCAUGGAUAUGACGACACUAUCGAUCUUCAAGCAGCCGAGCAAGCGAACUAUAUUAUGUAUCAACAACAACAACAGCAACAGCAACUUCACCAACAACAACAGGUACAACAGGCACAGGCCAAACCACCACAGACCUAUCAACAAUACCAACAACAGCAACAACAACAGCAGCAGCAACAGCAACAGACCCUACAGAUCCUGCAACUCCAACAACAGCAGCAGGCACAGAUGCAACUGCAACAGCGCAACUCAUACAACAUGUCCCCGCACAGCCUAAAGACUCCCUACAAUCCCUACUUGACCAACAUGCAUGGAUACCCUAUCCCACAACAGAGACUCAAAUUUGGAAACAGAUACCUUAGCUCAUUCUUCAUGUCGGACACACUGCGACAGGACCUGCUGAAACAGAAGCUGAUGCAAUAUACGACGCUCGAUCCAAACGACCCGCGACUGGAAAGCAUCCCACCAAUGCUGCACAAGUAUCAUUCUCUGUAUCCACUGGACAGCGAAACUGCGCGCGACAAGGUUGGAGUGAUGUUUGGCUAUCCGACAUCAGUCUACAAGGCAAUAAGCACAACUGAUGGCCUGCCCUAUGUCAUUCGAAGGGUUGAAGGCUUCCGUCUCUCCAACGAGUUCACACUUCAGGCUGCCGACUCUUGGAGGACCAUCCAACAUCCAAACAUUGUAUCACUUAAGGAGAUAUUCGUCAGCAAGGAGUUUGGUGACAAUAACUCAUUGUUCUUUUCAUAUGAAUAUCAUCCUGGUUCGGAAACACUGGAAACAAAGUACUUGACACAGAGUGGCGCGAAUAUUAGCGAGUCUAUACUUUGGAGCUUCAUUUGUCAGAUUGUGUCGGCACUGAAGGCGGUGCACUCGGCGGGAUUGGUGUGCCGCGUGAUCCAUCCAUCAAAGAUACUGCUGACUGGAAAGAACAGGAUAAGGAUCAAUGGCGUGGGCAUAUUCGAUGUGGUCAACUUUGACUCGCCAAAGAACGUGGCGCAGCUGCAUCAUGAGGACCUGGUGCUGUUUGGCCGGCUGAUCCUGUCGCUGGCCUGCAAGUCGGCGAUGAGCGCCAACAACACCAACCUCAACAAGUGGAUCGACUUCACGCAGAGCCAGUACAGCAAGGAGUUCACCAACCUGCUGAUCUUCCUGCUGACCAAGCCCACGGUGAACCUGCCGACGAUCGACGACGUCAUCCAGCUGAUUGGGCCACGUCUCGUGCAGGAGAACGCCUACCUGCACAGCUACACCGACGACCUCGAGACGGAGCUCACCAAGGAGAUCGAGAACGGCCGACUCUUCCGUCUGCUCGCCAAGCUGGGCUUCAUCAACGAGCGUCCGUCUUUCGAGGCUGUCGACUCCAAGUGGUCCGAGACAGGCGACCGCUAUCUCCUCAAGCUGUUCCGUGACUAUGUCUUCCACCAGGUGUACGAGGACGGCACGCCCAUGCUGGACUUUUACCAUGUGGUGGACACGCUCAACAAGCUGGACUGCGGCGUGCAGGAGAAGAUCUUGCUGAUGUCUCGCGACGAGCAGUCACUGCUGGUGGUCAGCUACAAGGACUUGAAGCGAUGUACAGAGAAUGCUUUUCAAGAGCUUGUCAAUCAGAAGAUCAAUCAUUAA